UAUGUCCAUGGAGUCGACCUAGCCUGGAUCACGCCGCCUGACUUGAAAUCUUGAGUGUUCAGUAGUCAGUAGUUACUACGCAAGAACCAGGAAAAUCGGUGAACGUGUCUUACGUAUCGUACAAUCAUUUUGAGCGAAAUCGGAGAAACUUUAAGAUGUACAGAUUCCCAUGCAUACUUCGAAAUGCUACUUUGUACCAAAGGUACCUACCGAUGCGCACGUAUGCAAAGGAUGUGCGUUUUGGAGCCGAAGUCAGAGCUCUAAUGUUGCAAGGAGUCGAUAUUUUGGCUGAUGCAGUUGCAGUGACAAUGGGCCCGAAAGGACGUAACGUAAUCCUUGAACAAAGUUGGGGCAGCCCCAAAAUCACAAAGGAUGGCGUGACAGUAGCUAAAGGUGUUGAAUUGAAAGACAAGUUUCAAAAUAUUGGAGCAAAACUUGUACAAGAUGUAGCUAAUAAUACAAAUGAAGAAGCUGGCGAUGGAACAACAACAGCCACAGUUUUGGCUAGAUCGAUUGCUAAGGAAGGGUUUGACAAAAUCAGUAAAGGAGCUAACCCUGUGGAAAUUAGGCGUGGCGUCAUGCUUGCUGUUGAUGUGGUGAAAGAAGAACUUAAAAAUUUAAGUAAGCCAGUCACAACACCUGCUGAAAUAGCUCAAGUAGCCACUAUAUCUGCUAAUGGCGACACCGCUAUUGGUAAUUUAAUUUCUGAUGCUAUGAAGAAAGUUGGAAAGGAGGGUGUAAUUACCGUUAAAGACGGCAAGACUUUAAAUGAUGAACUGGAAGUGAUAGAAGGAAUGAAAUUCGAUCGUGGAUAUAUUUCACCGUAUUUUAUGAAUUCUAGUAAAGGGGCAAAAGUUGAAUUUCAAGAUGCACUAGUCCUGUUCAGUGAGAAAAAAGUUUCUUCUGUACAAAGCAUUAUUCCAGCACUAGAAAUAGCAAAUGCACAGCGCAAGCCGCUUGUUAUUGUCGCCGAAGAUGUAGACGGUGAAGCCCUUUCUACUUUAGUUGUAAAUCGUUUGAAAAUAGGACUGCAAGUUGCUGCUGUAAAAGCACCUGGAUUCGGUGAUAACAGAAAAGCUACUCUUCAAGAUAUGGCGAUUUCGACAGGUGGAAUUGUUUUUGGAGAUGAAGCAAAUUUAAUUAAAUUAGAAGAUGUUCAGUUGAGUGAUUUGGGUCAUGUAGGCGAAGUUAUAAUUACGAAGGAUGACACACUAUUUUUAAAAGGUAGAGGUGAAAAAAUUGAUAUUGACAAAAGAGCAGAUCAGAUUCGAGAUCAAAUUGAGAACACAACUUCUGAUUAUGAGAAAGAAAAAUUAAAAGAACGGUUAGCAAGACUUGCUUCUGGUGUUGCAGUCUUGAGGGUUGGAGGUAGCAGCGAAGUAGAAGUCAAUGAAAAGAAAGAUCGUGUCCACGAUGCUUUAAAUGCAACUCGAGCGGCAGUUGAAGAAGGCAUUGUUCCUGGAGGAGGAACAGCGCUCUUGAGAUGUAUACCUGUAUUGGAAAAACUUACCGCUGGUAAUAAAGAUCAAGAAACUGGAAUACAAAUUGUAGCUAAAGCUUUACGAAUGCCAUGCUUACAAAUAGCCCAGAAUGCAGGUGUUGAUGCUGGUAUGGUGGUAGCCAAAGUCUCCUCAAGUAAACUGGGUUAUGAUGCUUUAAAUGAUGAAUACGUAGAUAUGAUCGAAAAAGGAAUUAUUGACCCAACCAAAGUCGUACGAACAGCUCUUACCGAUGCAGCUGGUGUCGCAUCAUUACUUACAACGGCUGAAGCCGUUAUCGCUGAUUUACCAAAAGCAGAACCAGAAACUCCGAUGAGUGGCAUGGGUGGAAUGGGUGGAAUUGGCAUGUAAUUAAUUAUAAAUUUGAGUUAUAUAAAAGACUGAACAUCAAGACAUUCUUGCAAGCAUUUGGUUUGGUUCAUGAAAUGUAUUAGACUAAUAUAAAAGAAUUUUACAGAAGAA